AUGAUUGAGUUUGAACGGCUUAAUUUCAUUCGAUAUAACCAGAGUCAUCUGAGAGCUGAGUUGUACAAAAAUAUAAAACAUUCAUUAGAUAGCGGUGAAGAUGCAGCACUGAGCACUGGAAAACGUAUCAUUAUACCUUCUUCAUUCACAGGCGGACCUAGAUAUAUGGCUGAAAAUUAUGUUUGUACAAUCGAAUUCCAAAAGCGCGGACUACCUCAUGCUCAUAUUCUUCUAUUCUUGAACCCUUCAAGCAAAGCUGAAAGUGCUCUUGAUAUUGAUAAAUUGAUUUCAGCGGAGAUACCUGACAAGGAAACGAAUCCUACGCUGUUUAUGGCUGUCACGAGUUACAUGAUACAUGGUCCAUGUGGUCCUGAAAAUUACAAAUCUCCUUGCAUGAAGGACGGACGGUGUUCAAAAAAAUUUCCAAAAAACUUCUGCUCCCGUACUUUGAUUGACGAUGAUGGAUUUCCUCAUUAUAAGAGAAGAAAUGAUGGGAGAGUUGUGAACAAAAAUGGUGUUGAACUUGAUAAUCGUUAUGUUGUGCCCUAUAAUGCACACCUUCUUUUAAAGUACCAGGCUCAUAUCAACGUUGAAUAUACUUGCCAGAGAAGUGCCAUUAAAUAUCUUUUUAAAUACAUCCACAAAGGGAAUGACAGAGUGACAGCUGCCAUAAAUCAUUCGGACGAUGAAAUAAAAAUGUUUUAUGACUGCAGGUAUGUCUCCGCAUGUGAAGCAGCUUGGAGAAUAUUUGGAUUUGACAUUCAUUCGAGAUAUCCCCUUGUUCAAAGAUUGCCAUUUCACUUGCCUAAUGAAAAGAACAUUAUUUUCAGUGAUAAUGAUUCGUUGUAUGAUGUAAAGACAAGGGCGGAGUCUAGACUGUCAAUUUUUGAGUCUUGGAUGGAUGCAAAUAAAAAAUAUCCACAAGGACUUCUGGAUGAUGACAAUGAGUACAUUGAUGCAAUUAAGGAGGCAAGUUCCUGGGGAUCUGCUGCUUAUCUUAGAUGUCUGUUUGCUCUGUUGUUAUUUGCCAACUCAAUGAACAGACCUGAAAAUGUUUGGGAAGAGUGUUGGAAAUUUUUAUCCGACGACGUUGUUUAUCGGCAUAUGAAAAGAAUAGGACGUCAAGAUGCAAUUCUUAUAGAAGAGUCUAUAAAAAACAUAACUCUUGAAGAAAUUGAUAAGGUACUGCAGAGCAAUGGGAAAUGCCUCUCUGAUUAUUCGUCAAUGCCACGCAUCAAUAGUGAAACUUUGCUUGAUAUGAAAAAUCGAUUAGUGUUGGAUGAAUUAAUGUAUGACAGAUUUGCUUUGGAAGAGGAGCAUAAAAGACUAAUUAAUUCCCUCACUGAUGAGCAGAAAGCUGUUUAUGAUAAAAUUGUUUCAGCAGUUACGGCAGCGGAAUUGCUUCCCUUCUGCUUCCUGGAGGACGAACAUCGCAUUCUAGAUUUCGUAUUCCUAUUCAAAUCAAUGAAGAUUCAACGUGCUCUGGAUAGGACACUGAGAGAUGUUCUUAGAAUUUUUGAUACAAGCUGUGUUGAUAUGCCAUUUGGUGGAAAAGUUGUUGUUCUAGGAGGUGACUUUCGGCAAAUAUUACAUGUCAUUCCUCAUGGCAGCAGACAAGAUAUAGUUCAUGCAACCAUCAAUUCUUCUCAUCUAUGGUCCCAUUGUCAUUUAUUAACUUUGACCAAGAACAUGCGUCUUAAUUCUGGAAGUAGCGCUCACAAUUUAGAGGAAAUAAAAGAAUUUUCUGAGUGGCUACUUAAAGUUGGGGAUGGUAAUCUUGGAGAUGAUGUUGAUAGAGAGUCUAUUAUAACAAUUCCAGAUGAAUUGUUGAUUAGAGAAUCGGAAGAUCCGCUGUCGGAUAUGGUUAAUUUUGUUUAUCCGAAUCUCUUGGAUAAUAUUUUGGAUCAGACCUUCUUUAAAGAACGUGCUAUUCUAACUCCUAAAUUGCCCGAUGUUGCUAUGCUAAACGAGCACCUAAUGUCUAUGAUUCCUGGUGAAGAAAGGACUUUUUUGAGUUCGGAUAAAACUCUUAAGCAAGGUGGGACUUCCUCUGUUGAGGAUGAUGAAAUCACCCCUGAGAUCUUAAAUACAUUAUCAUGCUCAGGGAUUCUUGAUAAUAAAUUAAUCUUGAAAGUUAAAGUUCCAGUAAUGCUAUUAAGAAAUAUUGAUCAGUCGAGAGGUUUAUGCAAUGGCACGAGAUUGCUUAUUACAAAAUUAGGGAAUCAUGUUGUUGAGGCAAUUGUUUAG